GGUUUAAAAGCCGGAGACUAUUUUACUGCAAUUUCAGUCCGUAUAUAACUGUACCAGUUUCCCGGGGUUAAUAAAGCGUCUUGGUGUCCUGGAGAAAGUACCGCUACUCCGCCUUUUAGAACAUUAGUUCGCACAGGCCAGACAAACGUGUCUCUUUGGUAUUUGGGUUUAAUUAAAGCUGCUCGGAUUACGCACGCCGUGGUUUGCGCUGAACGUGUCUCCUCGUAGACAGAGAUGGCAAAGGAUGGGGAAAAGGAGACGUGCGGCGAAGUCGUGGACGGGUGGAAGGAGUUCUUUUGGAACCCUCGGACGCACGAGUUUCUGGGCCGGACGGCGAGCAGUUGGGGUCUCAUUCUUCUCUUCUACCUGGGUUUCUACGUCUUCCUGGCGGGGCUCUUCGUACUCACCAUGUACGUGAUGAUGCAGACGCUGGAUGACUACAAGCCCACGUAUCAGGACAGACUGGCCACGCCGGGCAUGAUGAUCCGGCCUAGGGGAGAGGAGAUGGAGAUUAUCUACACCAUGGACCACACCGAGAGCUGGGAUAUGUAUGUUCAGGCUUUGGACAAGUUCCUCGCCCCCUACAACGACUCCUACCAGGCGCUGACCAAUGACGAAUGCGCCCCUGACCGCUAUUACGUCCAGGAGGACAGUGGAGAGGUGCGCAACAACCCCAAACGCUCCUGCCAGUUCAACCGCACCCUGCUGGAGGAGUGCUCCGGGGUGAAGGACCGUUACUAUGGCUACAACACUGGCAAGCCCUGCAUCCUCAUCAAAAUGAACCGUGUUAUUGGCAUGGUGCCAGGAAUCCACGGGCAGUCUCCGUAUGUAAGAUGUGAUGCUAAGAAAGAAGACAGUGGCAAGAUCUGGGAGUUGGCUUACUACCCCCCGAAUGGGACCUUCAACCUGAUGUACUACCCGUAUUACGGCAAGAAGGCCCAGGUAAACUACUCCCAGCCCCUGGUUGCUGUCAAGUUCCUCAACGUCUCGUACGACGCCGACAUCAACAUCGAGUGCAAGAUAAACGCCAACAACAUUGCGCCCCCGAGUGAAAGGGACAAGUUCGCUGGACGGGUGGCGUUCAAGCUCAGAAUCAACACCAGAGUCUAACCGGGUGCACACUGAGACAACCCCCACCCCCUCCCCCUCC